CAUUACCCCUUAAGUUCUCCUUUAAUUAUGUGUCUUAUUUCUCUCAUCUGAAUCCACUAUCAGCCCCAAAUAUGGGAAUUGAAACCUUGAACGGUGCGAAUUUUUCUUCAUGGAAAGAUUCACUGAUGCUAACUCUUGGCAUGUUGGAUUUUGAUUAUGCACUGAGAGAGCCUGCCCCUCCUGCUCUCACUGAUAAAAGUACUGCUGAAGAUAAAAUAGUACAUGAGAGAUGGGAGAGGUGCAACAGAAUGGCUCUUAUGCUCAUUAAAAAUUCCAUCAGCAUAAUCAUCAGGGAAGCUAUUCCAGAUUCAUCUAAUGCUAAAACAUAUCUGGCUUCCGUGGAGGAACAAUUCAAGGCAACUUCUAAGGCACAUGCUAGUACUCUUAUUUUGAAGAUGGUGACUACAAAAUAUGACGGGAAUAGCGGCAUUCGUGAGCACAUCAUGAUGAUGAACGACAUGGCCCGUAAGCUCAAGGGAUUAGACAUGGAGAUCAGUGAAGAAAGCAAAAAGGAGUUCGCUCAACCUAACCGUAUACAAAGCAUCAAGCCACGGGAUCCAUACAAUUUUGAGGUGUUUCUUUUACAUCCCGUGGCUCUUGGAGCAAGAUUUACUUUCUCAGGCAUGACAAGACAUUGUCUUGCCAUUGUGAAUGCUCUUAACAUACAAAGGGUGGAGAUGUGAAGUGGCAGGUGACCUAAUUAAAUUCAUUUUCAUAAAAUUUUAGAUUGAACAAUAGUCCCACCAUUAUUUAACAUACUCCCUCCGUCCUGAAACUUUCUUCCCAGAGCACUAUUCCAACCUCACGGAAAUUUAUAUUUAUUUGUGUUUUUUCAUGGCCUAUAUGAUAAAAUAAAAUAUUCUUGUCACCACUUGUUUUGUUGAACUUUUGAUGUAGUUUUUAAAUAUGUAUGUUUUAUUUUUUAUUUCUAUACCAAUAUUUAAAUAAAAUAAAUUGAAAAAACUUGGAAAUAAAAUAGAUUGAAAAAACUUGGGAUUUUUCU